AUGGACUCCCAGAACAACAUAAGCUACAAUGCUGGACAAGCCAAGGGCCAAGCUGAGGAGAAGGCUAGCGGCAUGAUGGACAAGGCUAGCAAUGCUGCUCAGUCUGCCAAAGAAUCCAUGCAAGAGGCUGGUCAGCAGAUGCAGGCUAAGGCACAAGGAGCUGCUGAUGCAGUGAAGGAUGCAACAGGGAUGAACAAGUGA